UCAGCCACCACUGGCUGACAGACUGGUCUCCAACCGGAGCACCGGCGAACAAUCCCAAACGAACUCAUACAAACAACCACCCCCAAGUUUCAAACCCAUCACGCCACCCGCAAACGCCCAAAAUGCAGGGCUUCAGUAAGAUAAUACCCCCACCGCAAACGCACUCUGCAAACAAAAACCUAACCCAACAAACUAGAUAUGGGACGGUACGUCCCCCCGGACCAGGAAGGUCUAAAGAGCGGCAACCAACUCGCCAAAAAACACCCCCUCGGUUCGCGCGCCCGCCACCUCCACACAACCGGUGCCCUGACCGUACGCUUCGAGAUGCCCUUCGCCGUCUGGUGCACGACAUGUAAACCCCACGAGACGAUCAUCGGCCAAGGGGUGCGCUUUAAUGCCGAGAAGAAGAAGAUUGGGAAUUACCACUCUACACCGAUUUACAGUUUCCGGAUGAGACACCCCGCGUGCGGGGGGUGGAUUGAGAUUCGCACGGAUCCGAAGAAUACGGCGUAUGUGGUUGCGGAGGGGGGCAGGAAGAGGGAUACCGGGGAGUAUAGGAGGGAGGGUGGGGUUGGAGAGAUUGUGGUGAAGUUGCCUGGGGAGAAGGAGGAGGUUGUUGAUCCGUUUGCGCGGUUGGAGGGCAAGGUCGAGGAUAAGAAGGUGGUUGAUGAGGGGCGGACGAGGAUUUUGGAGUUGCAAGAGCGCCAGGCGAGGGACUGGGUUGAUCCGUAUGAGAUGUCGAGGCGGUUGAGGAAGACGUUUCGGGCGGAGAGGAAGGUUUUGGAAAGUGCCGAGGCCAACAGGGAGGCGUUGAAGGAUAAGAUGAGCUUGGGGAUUGAGAUUGUUGACGAGACAGAGGAAGAUCGUUUGCGGGCUGGUUUGGUCGACUUCGCUCCUGGAGGUGAUACUACUGCUGUGCGCACCCGGCCGAUGUUCGAGUCUAGGAGUGUUUCAACGAAGAAGCCUACUGGUGCAUCAACUGGAAAAACCAAGGACGGGAAGCGGAAGAAGGCGGCGGACGUCGUCGAAGAACGCAAAGCGAUGUUUCGCAGCGAGUUAACUGGGAAUACCCGCGCCAUCGUUGAUCCUUUCCUUAGCCAUGAGGGAAGCCUGUGGCAGCCGGAUGUUAAACGGCGUAAAACUGCACCGAACAAGGCGGACACAAACAAGACACACAACCAGAAUACAAGCAGUACGGCCAGUGAGGAUCAAGCAUCUUCCGCAUCGAAAGAUCGUUCAAUCGAAGUGACUGAGACCGCCAGCAAGACACCAGAACCGCCCACUGCUUUGGUGGCUUAUGCUUCGGAUUCAGAGUAGUUGUGUCUUGGGUUUUUUCAAAUUUGGCGUUCGGUGAUAAAAAUGAUACCCCAUUGCAUUGAAGUUCUUUAUUCACAUUGUCAUGGAAGCAAAAUGCUAUGCAUCAUGU